CUAAAGAUUGCGCUAAACAAUAAGGCAUUUAAUACACAUUUCGUGUGCAGAAAGAAGAAGAAGAAGAUUCCCUUUGCCAGCAGCUGCCUUCCUAAUUUUGUCUAUUUCUUGUUGUGUUUUGAGUCCAAUUGUACAAACUUUGAGCUGGAUUUCUCCAAUUGUCUCUGAUCUAAUUUUUAUGUGCUUAAAAAAAAAAAAAAAGAAAAGAAAAACUAGUCAAUUUCGGAAUGAAGCAAUGAUGAAUCAGAAUUGCCGUUAAGUUGAAGAUUAUUAUAGUAUUAUACAGCCAUCACUUUUGUUCAAAACUCGUCAGCUGAGCUCAGACCAAUUAGCCGAGCUGGAAAUAAUAUUAUUAUUAUUAUUAUUUUUAACAAUAUAAGUACUCCUAUGUGAAAACAAGAAUUGAAAAGAAAUCCAAUUUAAGUUCAUUUUUUUCUGAGUUAAACUAUUCUUUUGCUCCAUUCCAUCGUCCCACAAUCAGUCUGCCGGAUCUCUCUCAUUAUUCCCAGCUCAAGAAAUUUUUUUUAUUAUUAUUUUUUUUUUAAGGAAGAAGAAAGAUCUGGGUGGAUCUCAGCUCAGCUACGAAGCUUAACUCACCUCCAUUAUUGCUUUGCUGGAUUGUCCUAGAUUCAAAGAAAAACCUCGUUUUUCACGAAGUUCUGUGUGUUGAACUGGUUUGGAGUUUUUGAGUUUGUUAGUGUUUCUUGUAUAGCUUCAGCUGGCUGAUUUGUGGGGGGUUUUUUUGGUCGGGGAAAUUUUGAGUAAUUUUAUUUAUGCAACGAAGUUCUUCAGCUGCUUUUGCUGUUAAUUUAAGUUUUAAAGUUUGAUGCAUAAAUGUCAUCGCCUUUGAGGACCCUUUCUCCGUACAACGACCGGAUUCACCAGAACGGCGUCCAAUCUCCGUCUCAAAGGGCGUUGUCCAACGGCAAAGUCUCUUCUCCUUUAUCGCCGUACAUUGCCGGAGUUUUUCCUUCUCAGAAAAAUCCGCGGAAAAACUUGGUUUCAUGGAAGAAAUGGUUCGUCAGAUGCUUCGUUUUUUUCUCUCUGGGUUUUCUCUUAGGUAUGUCUCCUUUUGGUGAAGUUGAAGUUGUUAGAGAUUUCUCGUUUGAGGAGAAUUUUGUUCCUAAAAAGAUGGAAAAUGUCGGGGCGGAGGGAAAUGAAAAGGAUGUGGUUAAAAGUGUGGAAGAUGAUUUUGUGGUGGAUAAGGUUGAAUUAGGGGUUGCUGAUUCGAAAGAUGUAGAAGAAAGGUUUGAUUUUGUUCCGAGGAAACAAUUGAUUGUAGUGACACCGACAUUCAGUAGGCCGGUUCAGGGUUAUUAUUUGAACAGAUUAGGGCAGGUUCUGAGGCUGGUUCCUCCGCCAUUGUUGUGGAUUGUGGUGGAGAUGAAUGUUGCUUCAAUGGAGACUGCUGAUAUGUUGAGGAAAACCCGAGUUAUGUACAGGCAUUUAGUGGCCGUGAAGAAUUUGACGGAUGUCAAGGAUAGGAAUGUGCAUCUAGUCAACAGGGCUUUGGAGCAUAUUGAGCAUCACAAGCUCGAUGGGAUUGUUUAUUUUGCGGGUGACGAUAGUGUACAUUCGCUCGAGUUGUUCGAAGCCAUUCGAGGAAUCAGUCGUUUCGGUACUUGGCCUGUUGGGAUCCUGAGCGAAUAUGACUAUAAAAGAAUGUUGGAAGGUCCCGUGUGCAAUGGAAGUCAAGUACUUGGAUGGCAUACGAAUGAGAAGAGUGGACGCCGGAGAUUCCAGAUUGACUUGUCAGGCUUUGCUUUCAAUAGUACAAUACUGUGGGAUCCAAAGAGAUGGCAACGACCAAUUUCAGAACCAAUUCGCCUAUCAGAUUCUGUCAAGAAGGGGUUUCGGGUAUGCAGUAUGUUUUGCAUUUUAAGUUAUGCACCUUGACAUGGCAUUGAUUUCAUUCAAAACCUUGAGUCCAAGCAUUAACCACUGUACCAAAUCCCAUAACCUGUUCUGGAUAUUUUCAGGAAUCAAUUUUUGUUGAGCAAAUAGUAGAAGAUGAAAGUCAAAUGGAAGGCAUUCCUCAUAGUUGUUCAAAGAUAUUGAAUUGGCACUUUGUUUUGGAAGCUCAGGAAGUCGCUGAUCUAAAACCGUUGCUGAUUCAGAACAUUCUUGAUCUGGUUCCCCCCAACUAAUUGAUGCAGUUUGCAUAGAAUAUAUUAACAAUGGUAUGCACUGCACUUCUUUAUACUGCAUUGGUCAUUUUUAGAAUAAUUGAGAAAUGGUAAUAUGGUCUUACCUUUUGAGAAGCUAAACAUAAAAUUCUCGGUGACAAGUACACAUGAAUGCUUAACUUGAAAGAGCCAAAAUCAAACAAGAAUAUUUUGUAGUUUGCUCUCCAUUAGGUUAUCGGAAUUAUUUCACUCCCCUUUGCUGCUGGUAUCUUGUUCUUAAUCCUAUUGGGCAUAUGGAUGCUCACACUGCUUUCUUACACUCAUGCUAGUGUAUUCCAUGGGGGUGAAGGAACUCCAUGUUGCAAUUGUUAACACCUGUAGAGUCAGCAUUCCUGGCGCUCUUUUGGCAGUCAUCAUGGUCAGACGUCGGGAAAUUUUGUUGGUAGAUCUUUUACCUUUGAUGCCAUAUUUAGUAAAUAGCCAAACAAAACUCCACAAAGGUGGGUUGAAGAUAUUCUUUAGCAAAAGCGUAGCACUUAUGUAACAAUGCGGUUUUGUUUUCCUAGUUGAUUUUUUGGGCAAACAAAGUUCCAGGUUGUAUUACCCACGUUUGGAAAAUGUUGGCCCCAUCAUACUCUCUUUACGUAUCUGCAAAGUGCGAUCUAUGAAUGUUAACCUUGUUACUAUGUCUUAGUGUAUUAGACCACCAUAUUAUAUCUUAAUACCAGUUGGCAGUUGUAUUUCUUCAUUGACCGGGGUUGAAGUAAUUCUACCUAAUUCUUUUCGGAUGAAUUCUCGAAGGAAUUACAGAAAAGGUG